GAUCUCUACAACUCAACUCAAAAGAAAACAAAUAACAAUGAUGUCAUCAUUCCCAUUGGUCUCCUUUCUCAUCAUUCUCAUGUUGGCUGCAGCUGUAUGCACCCACGGAGGACAAGAACCUGUGCUGGACACGGCCGGAAAUCCAGUUCUAAGGACUGCACAAUACCUGAUCCAACCGUACUCCCACAGUAGUAACGGAGGUGGUCUUCUCCCAGUCCCCGUUAAACUACUUCCCCUUUGUCCACUUGGCAUCAGCCAAUCCUCUGUUACCGCCUUACCAGGCCUACCAGUUAGCUUCUCAUAUCCAUACGCGCUCAUGGACACCUAUGUUAACGAAGGGCAAGCUGUAAAUAUCGAGUUUAAGUCACACGCAUGGCCGGGCUGCGAGGAGUUUUCCAAGUACUGGGAAGUAGAUGAAUCCUCAUCGGCUUCCGAGGAGCCUGCGAUUCUCGUCGGUGGUAAGAAGCAGGAACAAAACAGCUGGUUUAAAAUUGAGAGAAAAGAAAAAUUUGUUGGAGGAGUUGCUUACAAGUUGAGCACCUUAACCGGAACCAUUGGAACCGUCCCAGGGCCUUGGGAAAAUGCACCACAACUAGUUAUCACCAAUGAUACCGCGAAGACCUUCCUCGUGAAAUUUCAUAGGGUUCAUGAUGAUACUACUUCUACUUCAAGUCUGUAGAAGUUAGGUCUAAGGAUGUUCCCAUUCUACUAGUCAACAAGCCAAAAUCAUGUAAUGUAAAGCCUGUGACUCGUCCAUGGCCUAAAAUAAUGGGUUGAGAUGAUACCCUCAUGCCUGUACCUGAAUUUCCAUAAAUAUAUUAAGUUAUGUUUGCCAA